AUGAUGACCCAUAAAGAUCAAGUGAAGAAGAAGGCGCCCAAAGACAGCCUGACGCUGCUGCCGUGCUUUUACUUUGUGGAGAUCAUGAUGGGGGAGGGACUGCUCUACUGCCUCCAGUCUCCUCUCAGGAUCCGGGCGGCUUCAGAGGGAAGCAUCAGCGCUGGAGGCUGCAGCUUUAACUCGUUCCUACGCAGGACUGUGCGCUUUGUAGGUGUGCAUAUGUUUGGUCUGUGUGCCACAGCUCUGGUGACUGAUGUCAUCCAGUUGGCGACGGGUUAUCACACUCCAUUCUUUCUGACCGUCUGCAAACCAAACUACACAUUGGCGGGAGUUUCUUGUGAGAAGAACCCGUACAUCACAAAAGAUAUCUGCUCAGGACACGACCAGCACGCCAUCCUGUCCGCCAGAAAGUCAUUUCCUUCCCAGCAUGCAACUCUUUCUGCCUUCGCUGCUGUUUAUGUGUCUAUGUAUUUCAACUCCACCAUCUCAGACAGCACCAAACUGCUGAAGCCACUGCUGGUUUUUGCGUUUUCCUUCGCGGCGGUUGUGACGGGGCUGACCCAGAUCACGCAGCACCGCAGCCACCCUACAGACGUCUACGUCGGGUUCCUGAUCGGAGGCUUCAUCGCAGCUUAUCUGGCACUCCAUGCUGUUGCCAACUUUAAGUCCUCUGAUGACUUUAUUCCUGUCGCUCCUCCCCUGCCCCCAAAGGACGACGCCCUGCGAGCGCUCACCCUGCGAGGACAUGACUCAGUCUACAACAAAGGUCCCGCUUCUGCCUCAGAGAGCAAUGAUGAGAUCGCUGCAGCGCCAGCGGCUCUGGGAUGCCCUCCUCAGCGGGACAAGACUUCCAUGGACAGCUUGAAGAGGGCUAGUGUGGAGGUGGAGCUCUUGGCUCCGCAUAGUCCAAUGGGAAAGGAGACAAUGGUGACCUUCAGUAACACCUUGCCUCGGGCUAGCAUCAAUGUCAACGGAAUUCUGGGAAAUAACGGGGGAGCAGAUGUGCCUCCCCCGCCCGUCCAAUCCGUCCAACCUGUCCAUAGGCGUCUGAAGGCAGUUCAGGUGCCGAUGGACCCAAUGCGCUCCCAGCAGCUGGUGUCCGAGUGGAAACAGAAGAGCAUGGAGAUGAGGGCUGGUGGGCUGAGGGAUGAGCCUGAACAGGAAGCCAGCGAGGACGGCACCGAGGUCAGCUCAGUGGGAACAGAUGAAGGCAGUUCUCAGCUAUCGGUCUUUCUACCCGCAGUGCAGCCCGAGAGGGCAGUUAGCAACGCACCUGGCACAACUCAGCAGCCAGGGGUCACCAGAGUGGUGAUGUCUCCCAGACCCCCCCAGUAUCCUGAAGCUGGACCCCCGCCCGUAUCCCCCAAGAGUGCCCUGACCCGCGCCAAGUGGCUGGCCAUCACAGAGAAGGGUGGGGGAGGGGCAGCUGUCCGCGGAGCCACUAACCAGCCCCGCCUCAUGCAAGUCAUUGCCAUGUCGAAGCAGCAAGGCCUCCUCCCUUCCUCCUCCUCAGGAAAAAUGCCGAAAUCCUCCGAAACCACCUCGACCUCCUCUGGAAUCUCCUCCACUGCCGACUCGCCACACUACCAUCCCCCCGCACAGCAGCAGCGAGAGGGUUCUGGUAUUGUCACAGUGGAUGCCCACGCCCCUCACCAUCCUACUGUGCAAGCCCCCCUUCCUCCGCAUGCCCCACCCCCCUCGUGGGAGUGGAAUAUUGGGUCCCAUGGGAAUGAAUGUCAGGAACCUCUCAAUAAUCUGAACCGACGCAGCAGCUUCCGGCCGCACCACUCUGCCUCCCCCUGCUCCUCCAACACAGAUUCCUCCCCCAUCCCCCCUCUGGCCCUCCCACAAGGAGAACACCUAUUGGAUGGACAGCGUAGGGAGAUGAGCACGAGACGCAAGACAGCACUGGUUCUCUUAGACAGAGAGAUCCCAAACCAGACUGAGCAGGAAAACUACUUUAAGAAACUACAAGGAGGAGCAAGGUUUAAGGAAUAG